AGUGCUUUUCAGGACGUGAAAGCGCGUGCCCCUCGCUUUGAUUCUUUCACGGAAUCCACUCCAAAUCCCUUUCGAUGGCGUGAGUAUACAGUUUAGUCAACAGAGUGGGGGUCUUCCGUGAAUCGUGACGAAAAAUGGUCGCUACAUAGCUCGCAGAUAUCAGUGCUCGGUGUUGUUUUAGUUGGUUAUUUUAGAUAGUUUUUCCGCAAAAAAAAAAUAUAGUGCGUUAGCGAGGGCUGAACAUGGCCCACGGACUGAAUUCUGUGAUGCGAAGAGGGGUGGCCAGCGUGAAUUGCAAAGGCGAAGGCAAGAGCAUCGGAUCUCGACGUAUCUUCGCCCCCCAUUUCAAACUCCAAGUGCUGGACUCGUACCGAAACGACGCAGACUGCAAGGGUAAUCAGCGAGCCACCGCCAGAAAAUACGGCAUCCACAGGCGGCAGAUACAAAAGUGGUUGCAAGUCGAGAACACCCUACGCCACAGCGUCAACGGGGCCAAGGAAAAGCCUCAAAUCGUCAAAGAGUGCGAGUCCGAGUUGACCUUGAACGGGCUCGGGUUGGCCAGACAGCGCGACGACGAAACAACGGCAGCGUUCGAAGCCAGAGUUCCGGCGCUAUCUUCAUGCCAACCCCCUCUCCACCCCUCGCUUCCCCUCGACUUCUCGACUCGACCUGCCGCCGCUUCCCCUCCGCCGCUCGACCUCUCCUUCAAAAGGCCUACUUCGAUUAUCGGCGCACCUGUUCGCUACGCCCCGCCCACCCCUCCCCUCUCUUCGCCUCCUAUCGAGCCGCACCCUGACGUUUGGGACUUGUCGACGAAGAAUUCCUCUUCCUCUUCUUCUUCUCAUUUGAAGCGGAAGAGCUCGAGUCCCGUCGUGUCUCCGAAGCCCGUGAAGCUGUUCAAGCCGUACUUGGACGAUUUGAAGGACGAGGAGCCCGAGGGGAAGUUGGAGGCGCCUUGCUGCGUGCCGAUGAGGACGGCCUCUUGCGAGGGGUGUUGUUGCGGGAAUAAUAAUGUCGGUGAGGAAGCGGACAGGAGCGGCGAGACGGUGUGGGGUAUUGUCAAUGUGGAAACAGACGUCAAAUCCGAGUACGGCAGCCCCUACACCCUACACGAGCUGCAGCCCGACUCCCCAGUCAACUACUACUACUACCCCCACCACCCGCAAGCCUACGCCCCGCCCUUGGACCUCGACUGCCCGCCCACCUGUUGCUACGAAGACCACCCGCUGGCCUACGCCUGCCCACUACCUACCGUACCGCCCAAACAAAGACAGAGCUACAGCUUGGACUUUAAGCUGCGCGCGAUCGAGUCCUACUACAGGGAUGACGUGUGCAAGGGCAACCAAAGGGCGGUCGCCUCCAAGUACAACGUCCAUCGACGGCAGGUGCAGAAGUGGCUGAAGCAGGCCGAGGAGUUGAGGUUGAGGAACGAGACCAUGAAGCAGAUACAUGCCGUGAGGUGAAGGAACGUGGUGGGAGGUAGAGAGUAAAAGGGGGCGAUGAACCGUGGUGGGAUUUUGAAAGGAGAUCUAUCGGGAGUCCCGGGAGUUUCUGGGAUUUUUCGGGGGUUGUUUGGAGUUGCAAGAAAUUCAUUGGGAUUUCAUAGAACUCUUGAAUUUCCCUGGAAUGUUCUUGAUUACUUAGAAUUUCUUGAAACUCCUUGGUAUUUCCUAGAAUUUCCUGAUAACUCCAAGAGUUUCGUGAAAUUUAAUGGAGUUCUGUGACUUUUUCAAGAAUUUUAUGAAACUUCCUGAUAGUUUUUGAAAUUUUUCUGGGAUUGUUUGUAGUUCCAAGAAAUCCAUUGGGAUUCCAUAGAACUCUUGAAUUUCCCUGGAAUUUCCUUGAUUACUUGGAAUUUCUCAAAACUCCUUGGUGUUUCCUAGAAUUUCCUGAUAAUUCCAAGAGAUUCUUGAAAUUCAAUGAAGUUCUGUGACUUUUUUAAGAAUUUUAUGAAACUUCCUGAUAAUUUUUGAAAUUUUUCGGGGAUUUGGAGUUCCAAGAAAUCCGUUGGGAUUCCAUAGAACUCUUGAAUUUCCCUGGAAUUUCCUUGAUUACUUGGAAUUUCUUGUAACUCCUUGGUGUUUCCUAGAAUUUCCUGAUAAUUCCAAGAGAUUCUUGAAAUUCCAUUGAAUUUCAAGAAUUCUCAGAAGUUUUUGAAGUUUUUCGGGGAUUGUUUGGAGUUCCAAGAAAUUCAAUGGGAUUCCAUAGAACUCAUCAAUUUCCCUGGAAUUUCCUUGAUUACUUGAACUUUCUUGAAACUCCUUGGUAUUUCCUAGAAUUUCCUGAUAAUUUCAAGAGUUUAUUGAAAUCCCAUGAAACUCUAUGACUCUUUCAAGAAUUGUAUGAAACUCCUAGGAAUUCACUUCUAAUUCCCUGGAAUAACUUGCAAUUUCAUGGUAUUCCAUAGACAUCUUUGGUAUUUCCCAGUAUUAUCUUGGAUUAUUUGGAAAGUUUCUGUAAUUUUGUGGAAUUUUCUAGAUUCCUCGUAAUUUUUGUUGGACUCCUCGGAUUUUCCUCAGAAUUUCCUAAAAUUCUUGGGAACUCUUCUAGGAUUUGAACCUGGUUUGCAUAGUUUAUUUCAUUUAGAAUUCCUUGAAAUUUCCUGAAAUUCCUAAGAUUAUACAAGGAUUGUCAGUAAUUUCUUACUGAACUGUAUCUGGAUUAUUUAUUUCAUCAUUUGAAAUAUCUUGGAGUUAUUUGAAAUUUCCUGGAAAUCCUUGGAAUUUCCUAGAAAUUUAUGAAACAUCCAAAAUUUUCAUGAAUUUUUGUGGAUUUUGCUAGAAUUCCUUUGAGUUUGCCCAAGUGUCCAGGAUAUUUUUCUGAGAACUGAACCUGCUAAAUUUAUUCCAUAAUUUGGAACUCCUUGAAAUUUUCCAGAAUUCCUUGGAUAUUUCUACAAUUCUCAGCAAUACUCUAGAAUUAUUUUCUGACAGCUAGCUAGUUUAUUGAUAUUGUUUUCAAUUUCCUGGGAUUCCUUGGAUUGUCCUGGAAUUCUCAAGAAUUCCUCAAAAUUUUCUUGGAUCCCGUGGAAAUUUCCUGGAUUUUUUUCCAUUCCUUGGAUUUUCCUGGAAUUCCUUGGAAUUUUCACAAAUGAAUUUUUUUUUAUUUCAUCAUUUGGAGUUACUUGACAUCCUGAAUUUUUUCAUUUCUUGUUCCUAAAAUUGUCAGGAAUACUCUCAAAUUAUUUUUUGGAAACUGAAUUUUGUUAAUUUAUUGGUUUGGAAUUCCUCGUUUUCAUUUUCUAGAAUUCUUUGGAAUAUUCUUGGAGUUCUUUGGGAUAUCUUGAAGUUAAUGUUAAAAUUUUCUGCCAUGGUUCAUCUUGCAGAUGAAAAGCUAAGAGUCUAUUAGUUUUUAAGUUAUAGAACAUAUCCGACUUAUAUUUGCCUUAUCCUAUGAGAAUAUGGGUGCUAAUUUGAACAAAAAUUCGUUGCUCAGACAAAUAAUUGAAUGUGCCUUAUUGUUAGUUAUAAGAAGAGAAUGUGCCAAAAACCCAACUAGAGGCAGCUUACCUGAAAUUAUUAUGCAAUAUUUUUUGGAACUCACUCAAACCGUCUUCCUUACUUUUGCCAUAUAAGUACACAGUUUUGGUUGAACUGCCAAGCCCUUUAUAAUUUAUUAUUUAUUUGAUAAUGUACAUUAUGUAAUUUGGUUUUACUAAAGGGUGUACCUAUUAUUAUUACUAAUGACAUUGUGGAAGUUUUGCAAUUUGAUGAUGUGAUUUUGAUCUAACACAAUUUUUUUUUUGUAAAUAUGGAUAUAUAGAUAUAUUGAUGUAUGCAGAUGCAUAUUGAUAUAUUAACAAGGAUUGAAUUGUGACCUUACAAGAAUGUAGGUUGUGAAUAUGUAUCUGACAAAUGUUUUUAUCAUACUGUAUAUUAUGAUUAUUUGAAUCAGCUGAGCUGAUUCCAACAAAUCUUUUUAUAGAUAUUGUGUAAUUUUAUAUGAGAUAUUUUAUAGAAUAUAUUAAUAAAAAUUUGAAGUAAUC